AUGGAUGUGUCCUCUCUGGUUGCAGACCCUGGCGUCUCCACUGCUCCACAGGAGUCGGACGUCUUUCGCAGCCUGCAGUCGGUGCUCAGAGAGCUGGACAGCCGCCACUCCACUCCUGUGGUCAACAAAGGGAUGUUGAGAUGGACUCUUCACAAAAAGGCUCAGAAGAAUCCCCAAUACAGCCUGCAUUUAGUCACGGUGGUCGUCAAGGAACUGGAAAAAGCAGAAAGGCUGGACAGUAAACUGCACAUCAUCCCACUGCUUCACACCCUAAUCUACGCCAUUAUACAGACGACGUACAUUUCCGAUGAGCUGUAUAAGCGGGUGUAUGACUCCUGUAAGAGGCUGUUGACACUACCCCAGCCCUACUGCACUGUGGGCCUGACCUACUCCAGACAGAUGAAGAUGGAGUGGGCCACCCCAGGUGUGCUGUACCAAAGAAUGCUGGUUUCGGAACACAGCAUAAAGAAUGAAAUCUAUCCUCUUCAGGAAAAGGUGUUUGUGUUUGCCGACCGCGCGGUGAUGCCCGGCUCCCUGGCCAAGGUGUUGCGUGCGGACAUCGAGUCGGAGCAGGGCGGUGGCCAGGGCCCCCUGGGCCUCAUGCGCUCUGCAGUGCAGCACAGCCUCCAGGCCGCGCUGGGGAAGGAGAGGUGCCAGGCAGCCGCUCUCGCCCACGCCCUGAAGGGCCAGUCGUUGCAGGACGUGGAGCAGUACUUCCAGGAGGUGUUGGUGGCGGUGGAGCAGAGUGCCGGGGGGGAGGCGGGAGGAGGAGGUGGUGGCCGGGGGAAGAGGAGCCACGCCCUGACCGACAGACUACAGCAGCUGCACAAGGAGAUACUCACCACCGCUGAACAAGACCCAUUGUCCCCCGGCCCGCCGUGUGAGGUCUCACUUCCCAAUCCGGAGAUGAGCUUCCACAUUUGGAGCGAGGAGGAAGAGCUGUGGCGAGAGCUGGCCAAGUUUGUGCGCUCCAGUUCGGUGAGCUGCGAGCCCCUGGCGUAUCCUGAGGACUUCCUGGCCGAGCCCUGGCCCUCCGACAUGGACCCCGAGACCCCGCGCCACUCCGUCAUGUCCACCGACAGCGGCAUCGAGCGAGACCUGCCCGACGCCGGCGACCAGCCGACCCCAACAUCGUCGUCAGGACGACUGGCGCGGCGAGGUGGCAUGAAGGUGCGGCCCUCGGUGACGGACAGCGUGAGCCUGGUGCAGGAGGCCCUGGAGGAGACGGGCGGCGCGUGCGUGUUGGGGGCCGGGGGUGGCACCACGCUGCAGAGGAGGGCGGGCACCAGCUCCGUGCCCUUUGCCAGCAGACAGCAGCAGCAGCAGCAGCGGCACUUCACAGCACGCAUAGUGCUGAUGGGAGAUGACAGGGUGAUGGGCAGGAUGGCACGGGCCUACUAUGGCUUCAGGAAGAGAGAAGCGAGGCGACAGUUCCUCACCUCCAAGAUCAACUUGCAGAUCUACUACAUCCCUGUUUCUGACGAGCUCCCCAGCUCCCCAGCCAAAGAUGUUCCCUCGUCCUCCAAGGGUAACCCCUGCUCGCUGGGUUCCUACCUGGGCAUGGCGGACCCCUGGUACGACUGCAACAUAAAUAGCCUGGGACACAUGAUCCCCAAGCUGGCACAAACGCAUUCCAGCCCGGGCAUCCCGUGCGAGCCGAACCCGUUCCUGUCUGAUGUCAUCUCCUACUAUGUGCGGACAGGACUGCAGCCCGUCUACUUCACCAUCUACUACGUCAAGAUCUGUUUUUCUGACCUCACCAAAGAGGCGGUGGAGGAAGUGUUCCUCUCUCGUCUGGAGUUGGACUUUCCCGAUUUCAGAGGCCUUCAGAGCUCCUUAAAAGAAAUGUCACUGAGGCAGAAGAAGAACUCUCCGGAAGUGUAUGGUGCCGCCAUCUCCGUCAGCUACAGAAAGGUGUCGCUUAGCAACAGAGAGGUUGACAAAGGACUGUCACUGAGGGUGUCCGGGGUUCACAUCUGUGCCAUUCCCCAAAACGAGACGGAGGAUCUCAACUGUCUUACUGUCAGCUUUACAGAUUCAAAACCCAAAAGUACUCCGGAACCAAAAAUAUGGACCUGUGAUGUGAAAAUUCGAUCUGUGGAAAAAGCGACUUUUACAGUGUGCCUUGACAAUGACCCACAAAGGACCUACACAGAUGUUCAAAGCAUCGAGAUUGCCCCAUGCCUGGACCCUGGCUACUGCGUCCAAAAGACGGUGAGGUCAAAGUUCAACGUUGAGGAGGACGGCGAGGCGGGCCUCAGCAAGUACAUCAACAAGCGCCUGUCGCUGCCGAUCAACACCUUCGCUGGCAUCAUUCACUAAGCCUGGCUAUCGUGACUACAGUGGACCAUGAAGUUCUUCUGAGCUUCUACUCUGACCAAGCUGGCAAGUGAUGUCUGGAUUUUCGUGGAGCGGACUUAAAAGCAGCAUUUUGUGGAACGCCUUAUAUGCGUUAUACUGGUCGAAGCUGCAGUCAAUCAGCCCACUCCUUCCCUCUGACUUAGCUUACAGCUGGGUCUGGUGCAGCAUCACAUGGAGUAUGGGCGGCAGGUUUGCCAGAUGAGACAACUUCUACCCGCAGACGGCUUUCGUAAGCAGCCCAAUUGGGUGGGAAACCGCCCAAUCUGGCAACACUGAUGGGCGGGCCCAGGCUAAUAGGCGACGAGACUAUCCAUGACAACAGGAGGGAGUGGAUGCUCCUGCUAGUAACCUACGUAUGGAACUACAUCUGUAUGAAGAAGGAUCUCUUGUGCCAGAUGGACUGACGCUGGGUAUUUGUCAUCCCAGUGUAUCAGCUUUUGAAGAUGGAAAUAAUUCUGGACUUUUCCCACACGCAACAGACUUUUACAGAACAAUACUGAUCUUGUCUUAAAGAUGGUGAGGAAAAGGGUUUUAAAGAAAUCCUUUUGUCUUCUCCUGACAGAGUGCUUACAAACACGUCAGAAUACUGUAUGUGUUAACCCCACUGGGUGCUCUUAGCAGAUUUCGGGGAUUGAAUUAUACUGGCCCUUGCUAAUCCGAGGAACUGGUGAAUGAAUGCAAGUUUUUAAACAGCAUUGCAUUCGUUCCACCUGUCUCCCCUCAACUGCUGAUCAUACAACACUAAUUUUGAUAAGUGUUCUUUGCAUUUGUCUUGGAGACAUUGUGGUUUUGUCUGACUGUUGUUAUUUACUGUAUAUACACGUAGAAAGCGUAGGAGUAAAACACACUCAACUAAUCUACUUUUUAAGUGCAGGAUCAGAACAAAUUAAGCUAUUUGAAGAGAAAGGCAGCAUUUAUGAGUCAUGCACUCAUGAGUGUAUGUGCGUAUCAUAUCUAGCUUGAUUCAGGUUUAGCUACUGUAAUUUAGCUAUUUCCGGAGUAUUCAUUUAGAACCCCUCUCCAUUGCCUUAACCCUCCAUCUUAUUUACGUCAGUCCCGUGAAUGUAAUCACACAUUUUUUAAAUGAAAUACCCCCUCACACCACUUGAAACAUGCUUUGUAUCUGACCCAAAUAUCACCAUAAGUGUUUGUAUUCAACACAAAGUCAUAAUAAGAAUAUUUCCAGCCAAUAUGUAUUCUGUAGCCUAUGAAAGCUGCUGAGCCCAGGUAUCAACAUUUUUUAACAGGAUUGCACACUUACUGUUCAUUUUAGGGGUUUUGAUGUUAAUUUUGCUAUACUGUAGGUUUCAUUCGCACAGUAUUUUUCUAUGGUUUAGUUUUGUGACUAUAGUAGCCUAUAUGUACCGCAGUUUUUGCCAGGUUAGACUGCACUUUUCGUUAUUAUGAAACUCUUUAACAAGAGUGAACUCAUCAGAAUUUCUCUCUGUCUUUAGCACAUGCUUUGCAUACACCAGUGUUAAGUGAUAUAACAACACCUGACAACGUGCCUUGAAAUAACAGACCACCAGACACAGCAGCCAAUGACAAGUGGGGUUUUUUUCUGUCAAGGAUGCUAGAGGUUUUCAGGGCCAAGUAUCACCCCACUUUAUACAGAUUGUGCAAUAUCCUGUCAAAUCUGUCUUUGUUAUUUAAGAGAAUUAAUCCAGGUUAAAAGGGUUAAAAUGAUUUCACAAAUUUCCCAUACCUUUUCAAUAUCUUCAGGGGGGAAACCCUGCACAAAAUAAGGCUAAUGUUUAUAAAGCAUAGUCUUUGACCAAAGAAACUGAAUGAUGAUGAAGUCAAUGGAUUUAUUCACUUAGUAGGCUAUUUACUAAUUGUUGUGCUUUUAGACCACGUCUUAUGGAAAACAGACUACACACUAUGUCUAAACAUGUCACAGGCCUACUGUUACUCCUUGGUUGUAAUUUAUUUCAGAAUUUGUUUUGUAAAUGAACUCUCUGUAAAGAUGUAUAGUCUAAUUUAUGUACAUAGACAUAUUUUUAACACAACAUUAAAGUAUGGUAUUUG